UGACACUGCCUAUCUACACAAAAUUGUGGGGCAGCAAAUGAGCGUUGCCUGUGGUCAGUGGUAUUUUAGGCUAAUUCCGUGUGAGUUUAUAUGAUUUUUUAGGUAUCGAAAACAUCUGAGCUCAAUUCGCGCUCACAUUUGUUGCCAAAGCAGUCUGUCUAGGUAGGCUGCUCACUAGGUUUUGAAACGCACCCGAUAUUUAGGAAGAGGUCCGUCCGUGAACCAGUCCGUCUGAACGCUGUCUGGUGCAAAUUCAUCAUCUCAUGCAUUAAUCUUAGAUUCAUACAGCCUUCGACAUUCAGACAAGCCAACAGAGACGCGGAGUCUCGUUUUUUACACCAUCUACAUUUAGACCAAACUGUCGUCGAUCUUAAUCGACCGAGUGAGAGGUGUUAUUCGGGUUUUAUCAGUGCGAUGGCGGAGGUUUCAGGUACAUCGAGUGAGACGAUAACGGAGACCGUUCAGACGGGCACACCGCCGCCACCCCAGCAGGAAGGAAGAAGCCUGACCAUCAAGCUCAGGAAAAGGAAGACAGAGAAAAAAGUGGAGUGGUCCAGUGACACAGUGGACAAUGAGCAUCUGGGCAGGAGGUCUUCAAAGUGUUGCUGUAUUUACGAAAAGCCUCGACAGUUUGGUGAGUCCUCCUCAGAAAGUGAGGGAGAUGACGAGGAAGGCUGUGGAAAUGCACACUGCAUUCUUGGACAUGGAAGAAGGGGUCAUGGACAGACAGAGGGUGGGGGGAGCACCAUCCCCCCCAGCUCUGGUGGAACAAACCCGCACUAAUUGUUAAUGUGGUUGGGAGAUUUUAUUUGGAGGGUAAUGGGCAGAAUGGGCACUACAUUCAUAAUCCUUCAUCCUCACUCUCACUGAAUUACAUUACAACAUCACUGGGUGUCAAAAGCUUUUUGAUUAAUGAAAGCUUAUAGAGAAAUUAAAUGUGAUUAGUUUUCUCUGCAGUCAUUAAUGUAAUGACGAGGGGAAGACAAAAUGUUUGUUUUUUGGCGAUCUGAAUGCUGCAGAACAUUUCAAUUUCUUGUAAAUACACAAUGAUUUUAUUUCAUUUUGUAAACUCAAUUUAUUUAUUUGUUAUCAGUUCUGUGUCCACAAAGGCCUCUUUUAUCAUGCCAGAUUUAAUUAAGAACCUAACUGAGCGUAAAGGAAUAUUCCAGGUUCAAGUUAAGAUUAGUAAUUUCAACAGCAUUUGUGGUAUAAUGUUGAUUACCACAAGAAAUAUUUGCAUCCCUCAAAAAAAAAGCAAAAAUCGGGAUAACUUCUAAUGGAAGUGAAUGAGGUCAAACUGUAAACAUUAAAAUACUCACUGUUACAAAAGUAUAGCCACAAGACUUAAACAA